AGGUGCUCCGCCGCGUCCGGCGCGACGAACGGCGCCUCGGAGGCGAGCUCGGACGGUCGCGAGGUCGGGCGGGGCUGGGAUUAAGUCGGGAGGAGGCGGAUGAGCCCAGGCCGUCCGCGAUGGCCUCCGACAGCGAGGAUGAGCCUGACGAGGACCGGAGGGACGACGGCCUGCCCAACCUCGAGCUGAAGUGGCGCAGGGUGCAGAGCACCUGCUUGGACGGCGGCUACUUCACGGAGUUCGAGAUCAAGUCGCUGCGCGUUGCGUACAGACGUUUCCUGACGCCCGGCUGCCCCGAGAUGCACAAGGACGACCUGCAGGAGCUCGUCCGGCACCUCGGGUAUAUCGUUCUCUCACCGGCCAUCGUCACGGAGCUGGCGAACGAGAUCACCCCGUACAACGAUCUCGACUUCGACGACGUAGUCCGCUUCGUCGAGAAGUACGCCCGCCGAGAGUGUGCCAGCUUCCGUGAGAUCUUCGACAUGUACGACAAGGACAAAAGCGGGGCCAUCUCCAUCCUUGAGCUUCGGUCCCUCAUGGCCGACAUGGGCUUCAACCCCUCAAAGCAGCUGAUCACGGAGGCUUCUCGGCAUCUCGAUUACAGCGAAAACGGCGAGCUGACUUUCCGAGAGUUGCUGCAUUUCUUCACCGUGUACCGGCACACGCAUGGCUUCUGCAAGUCCGAGAUCGCGGAAUUGAGGGAAACUUUUGAGACCUUCACUACGGAGCGAGGCACCGCUUCUGGCAUGCCACUCCUGUCAGUUGCGAGGGCCCUGAUCCAGGCGUUUGGUCUCCAGUUCGAGGACACCGCGGUCGCGAUCACCAGCAAGGUGAUAGCGAGGAGCUCCGAGGACGACCCCCAGGCAGAUCAGAACGAGAUCCUCAACUUCGAAGAGUUCCUCGCCUUCGCCCGGGCGCUGAAGGAGGCGGAGCAGGAGCAGUACCGCAGAGAGUUCGUGAAGCACGACGCGGACAACAGCGGAGUGAUCGAGAUCGAGGAGCUCCAGGGCUGCCUGCGAAACCUCGGCCACGAGCCGACGCGCGGGGUCAUCGUGGAGGUGCUCAAGGAGGUCGACUUCGAAGAGGAUGGAACGCUCGACAUGGAGGAGUUUUAUAACUUCAUGCUGGUGUUCCGCGACAGAGAGGGCUUCAUGAACCAGGAGCUGGUCGAAAUGCGUCAGGUGUUCUGCAAGUUCGACGAGGACGCAAGCGAGAGCAUAUCCGUGCAUGAGCUGGGGGCGAUGCUGCGCUACAUGGGCUACACUGUUACCAUGGGCGACCUACACAUGCUCAUCGCCCAGGUCGACGUGGACCGCAGUGGGGACCUGGACUUUCGCGAGUUCAUCCGCCUCAUGAGGCUCCACAGGAGGGGGGAGCUGAACCGCCUCCGCCAGAUCUUCGAGAGGAGCUUCUCCAAGGACGUUCCGAGGGGAUUCAUCGCCCCAACGAGACUGCCGAGCGCGCUGUCGGAGGCGAUGGGCAGCCUGCCCCUGGUGCUCCUCCAGGCGCUGCCACUGCUCCUGAGCCAGGCGGCGGAGAAGUCCAAGAACCUGCGGCAGAUGGUGCAGCGGGUGAACGGCAGCGUCGAGCCGCGACGCUUCACGCUGCGGGGCGGGCUGGCCGCGGAGCGGAGCCAAGACAAGGUCCGGUGCUCGUUCAUCGCCACGCAAUCCCAGAAGAUCAACGCGCAGGGACACAACCCGCUGACGGACAUCAGGAGCCUGGGCAGGGGGGACGUCGUGCAGGUGCUGAACGACGCCAACGCGGUCAAGCAGGCGUGCGCGAAGGCCGUGCUCUCAGACGGGGACGGGGGGACAACGUUGCCCGGGGUGCGGCCGCGGGCUCCGCCGUGUACGUGGUCGAGGUGGACCAAGAGACGGGCACCGUCCGGUGCCACUCGGACCUGCACGGGGACAUGUGGUUCGCGCUUGACGCACUAUGCUCGACGAAGGCGUCCGAGGCGAUCGCGGAAGUGUUCUCGGACUCCCUGCCGGCCUUGCAAUCUUGUGGCGAUUCCGGAAUCGACUUCGACGCCUACGUUGAGCUCGCAGACUUGUUCAGGACUGUCCGUAACGUGUGGGACCGGAUGAAAGCUGGAUUCUCCGACAGCGAAAUCAAGCGGUGCCAGGCUGUCUUCGCGAUGUACGACGCGGAUGGUAGCGGGGACAUCGACGACAAAGAGCUGAUGAGGUUAUUGAAGCACGUGGGCAUUGAGUUGAAGACGAGGGAGAACCAAGCGGCGCUCACGGCGAAGCUGGCCCAGGCACGGAAGCUCGCCAAGGAAGCGGGCGUGGAUGCCACGUACGGCCCGAACACCCAUUCUUUUUGGGAGUUCGUGCAGUUGAUGAGGAUGGAGAGGACAAGCCGAGAGCGCGCCUAUGAAGAGAAGGUGUUGAAGACUUCGGCGCAGCUGAGCUUUCUGCCCACGGAGAUUGCACAGUUCCGUGAAGCUUUCAUUCAUUGGGCAAGACAACAUAAGGAAACGGAUUCUACACCGGUCGGGAUCGAUGCGAAACCCGAGUCGCAGGUGCAGGGUGUUGAGGAUCUUCUUGGUGACGGAUUCCAGGAAGGCGUAUCCAUGUUCUCUCUCAUCAAGCUGCUCCAGAGCUUGGGCUGCACGGUGCAGACUAAGGAUGAGCCGACAUUGGCGGCCAGGAUCGAGUCAAUGAGCAGAAACGCGAAAGGCCAGCUUAAUUUCGUAGGUUUUCUGCAGAUGAUGCGGUGGCUGCUGGACUCGAACUUUGGCGGAUUGAACAAGGUUGUCGCAAGCAGAAAAGAAAAGGAGCAAAAAUCCGCACGGCCCUUGUAGUCGAGCUACAUUCCCUGACCAUGCCUUUUCUUUGGGGCUGCUGUAGCUGGUAUUGUCUGUGUGGCGAUCUGCCGCGUUCUGUAUCGGAGACGCCUGCAGCGAACCACCGCCGCCCCCUGCCUUGAGGAAGCGCCUGGUGGCCUUCGGCCAAUCCUGUUACCUUGCUUGGGUCGUUGACCAGAGGCCUCUUAGAGACCUCCUGGGACCACAUCGAUUGCACCAUAUCGCUGACACCACAUAGCUCGCCGCAUCUAGCUUGCAUCGCAUGCGUAGGUUGCGCCACGAAGCUUGCACGAUAGAGCAUGCACCACAUAUCGAAGACUGCCAGUGACACUUUUUCUUCCACUCAGGCAAGUGGCUGUGUUCCCUCGGACCUCGAAUGGGUCAUUCGAGCUGCAAGACGACGCGGGGUGCCUGACACAAUCGCUGCACGUCUAGGCAGCCCAUGAAGAUGGGUGCUGCGCGUUCACGUCUGGUGCGCCCAAUGAGGAGCUUUCACCGGAUGCCGUGCUGUGGACUGUGACAUCUCGCCGAAGGCGCAGAGGGUUUUCGUUCGCCAGCAGUGUUUCACAGUGGUUUUCCUUCGUGGGAUGCCCUAGGUCGUAGGAGCAUGUCGGACAAGUAA